AUGAGGCAGAUGCCUCGCGAGAUCCGCAACUUCGUCACCGUUGCACCGAUCCCAAAGAACGCCCAUCCCGAGCACAACCGUGGGAGGCGAGGGGUCAGAGCUACCACUAUUCUCAAGCAGACCCGCAGCGAGGAGCGCAGCGUCAGCUUCGUCGACGUGGCAGCGUACCGUGGGGGCCGCGCCUUCUCUGUGGUCGUCGUCGACUCCAAACAGCAAAUCACCACUGCGCAUCGGUCCGCACCGACGACCCGGCGAUUGCCGAGCAAGUCGCCAUCGCCCCUGCCAUCCUGGACAACGAAACGGAUGUCAUCUAUACGGCGACUCGAGGUCGAUCUUCGUGGCCUUCUGUGUCACUCCCAUGCUGACGGCUUUCUGGGAGCGGUGAUACCGAGCAGCUGCGACUUCGUCAUGGUCGACGUGCCACUCUCGCCACCUCAGAGACAUCCCUUGUACUCGUACAUGACGACCAUCAAAUUCACUUCAGCUUCCCUCGAAGGGCUCCUACUCCAGCACAUGAAAAGUGCACAAGGCACUCCGCUCCUGCUGGUGGUCGAACGAAGCGUGCUGCGCAGUACCGCCUUUACUUCACAAGCCGUCAUCAGGGGCCUUGUCCAGAAGGUGGUCGACAUGAAGGGUCACGGCGUUGUGCUCAGCGAUCACGAAAUUACGGAUGCCGACACCGCCGAGAUAUUGGAAGAUGCCCAGACCCUGUCCGAUGAAGUUCAGUCCUAUCACGGUCUGAUCAGAUACGACGUGUUUUUUGGAAACCGUUCAGCACUGGGGGCCAUGAUGCUGGAUGUAUCCAGGAAAUCAUCGAUUACCUUCGUGUACCGGAUGUCGGGAAUCAGCCGCACGUUUACGCACUUGUACUUCGACAACUUCUAUUCGAAGAAAAUGAAUGAAGAGAACUUGAGUUCGGUCAUAGACCGCGAUCUGAUCCAACCUAUGCGGCAACAUGUCGGUUCUAAGUCCGUCGUAAUCUCCAUGACGCUGAUGGCAAGGCAUUGUCCAAAGGAUACCGUGGUCAAAUUCCAGAGUAACGUCAACUGCGUCGACAUACCUCUGAAUUUGACGCAUUCAUUCCACAGCUGCUAA